GCAGAGGUCGGGUGACGCCCCUCCUCUCUCCCUCCUCUCGCUCUCUCUCUCUCGCUCUCCAGCAUCAGCACCCUCCGAGCUGGAGACAAGACGGCUACAAAAAAAGGGAUGCUCUCCGGACCAGCUCGAGGAAACGUAACGAUGAGACGACCGACCGAGAGAUGCUCGAGAAUAUUCUGGGUCAAGGUGAUGAAGAGUUUGAUGUAGAGGGCUAAAAACAAGGAGAAGCCACAAAGCAAACAAAAGGCAUCUAGCAUCCCCCCUCCUCUCCUCUUCUCCUCUGACGCACCUGUGCUGCCCUGUCGCCACUUGACAUGACAGCGCAGAGCCGGGAGCAGAGCAGCAGCAGCAGGAUCAAGGGGCACCGACGUGCAGCCGGACGUGAGGACUCGACGAGGAGGAGCAGAGGAGCCACGGUGGAGCAGCAGCAGCAGCAGCAGCAGCCCAGGGGAGGCCGGAUUGCAGUUUCUGGGGACGAGCGCCAAGGGCAGUGCGGCAGUCAGCAGGCAGACCGGGGGGAGGAGGCUGCGGAGAUCUGUGAUACUUCCCCCCCAGGCCCAGCUGCAAUCUCACCUCCAUAUCAUCCUGAAAACAAUAUGAUGCUGGACCAUUUUCUGUUUGAUCAAUGUCGACUGUGAUACUCCCUAUCCCCAACCCCAUCAUCCUUUUUUUUCUUUCCCUCCCCACAACCAAUCAGAGAUGAUGGGCAAUUAAAAGGUUAGAUCUGCUCUCUCAUCAGUGCAAGGGUGGACCCCGGAGGGGACUGAUGUGCAUACUGGCCAGGUAUCAUUUGCUCCCUUCUUCUUCUCUGGUUUUGCUCAUUUUGCUUGCCGCCGCCUGCACUAUGGGAUGUAUUCAGAGCAUUGCAUGCAAGCCCCGCAUCAGACGGGAGAACAUUGUGGUGUACGAGGUGUCCGCCUCUAUUGACCAGUGUCCCACCAUCAUUGAGGAGAACUCACCGAUUGUGCUCCGUUACAAGACGCCUUACUUCAGGGCCUCGGCGGGGGUUGUGAUGCCACCGGUGCCCCGCAAUGAGACCUGGGUGGUGGGCUGGAUCCAGGCGUGUACCCAGAUGGAGUUCUACAACACCUAUGGGGAUAUUGGCAUGUCCAGCUGGGAGUUACCAGAGCUGCGAGAGGGUCGGGUCAAGGCCAUCAGCGACUCGGAUGGCGUCAGCUACCCCUGGUACGGCAACACCACCGAGACGGUCACCCUGACCGGACCCACGUCCAAACCGUCCCGUCUGACGGUCGGCAUGAACGACAACUUCUACCCCAGCGUGACCUGGGCAGUGCCCAUCAGCAACAGCAACACGCCCAUGCUGACCCACAUCACCAGGGACCAGAGCUUCAUCACCUGGCUGGUGGCCAUGAACUCCGUCACCAAGGAGCGCAUCGUGUUGCAGACGGUGCGGUGGCGGAUGCGGGUGGACAUUGCCGUGGACCCAGACAUGCCUCUGGGCUCUCGGGCCUCGCUGGUGGGUCGUCCCUACCAGGAGCAGCCGCACAUCCUCAACUACCAGGAGCCCAUCCCUCCCAACGCGCUGGGGAGGCCGAACGCCAACGACGCCCAAGUGCUCAUGUGGAGGCCACGGAGAGGGGCGCCACUAGUGGUCAUACCGCCAAAAUAAGAGGGUCAAAUGGAUGCACAGACACAAAUAUAAUUGUUCCCCUCUUGCAGAUGAAGGUGAUGGAAGUCACGAAGUCUAUCAGAGAAGAGAGAAGUGAUGGUUUCCCCACGCUCAAGAUGCCAGCGGCUCAAUAUCCCUGACAGAUUUAAGUGGACCAUUAUAACAAGCCAAACAUCUUGGAUCUGACGCUGCACAGCGUCAGAAUGGAAGUCGACAACAAACUAGCGUCAAGGGCCCGGGUUGCAUCAAGGCCUUUUUUUUGGCUCCCGACAAGUUUUGGACCGCAUUAAAGAGUUCUGCCUGCUUUUUUAGCGAAGAAGGAACGCUGUUUUUAGACGCACCGCCACCGGAGGUAUUAGCCCACAACGAGAACUGCAUCCUGCAUCCUUAUGUAGAUCUUAUUGCAUGAGAGAGUGAGAGUGACAAGAAAAAAACUGUCCUUGAGAAGUUUAAGAAUAGCAUUUGUUUUGUAUAACUUGAUACCUGAAGACAUUUUGAUUGAAAAGCCAGCCAAAAGAAAAAAACAAACAAAAACCUGCAGGCUGGUUAAACCUCGUCAGUGCCAACAACGGCCUUCAGCACACUCAGCACCAGAGUUAAAGGAUGUAUUUAAGGAGAAUUUAAAAGAGACAAAGUAUUAUAUGAAUCUUUUUAGGUUAAGAUUAACUCAUGCAUCCAUCAGAUUGUAUUAAGAGCACCCACCUUGCAUAAAAGUCUGGAAGAAAAUCUGCUGUAGUUUUCACUGGAGUUUUGCUAAUACACCAAACUUAUGCACCGACGACUCCCUCGCCUCUGUGGUGCUGCUGAUAUUUUAUUCAGAUGGGUGACAAACUAUCAGAGAAAGGAGCUUGUCCUGUUAGCACAUUAAAUAAAUAAUGUCAGCUAUGCUUUCUAUAAGUGUGGUGUAAAUGACUUGGAAUAGUGCCAUACAACACAUUUAAAACAAGAGCUGGAACGGGGCCGAAUUGUACUCAGACUAUAGAUUUGAUGUGGCACUAAUCAGGCCGUGUUGCACUACCAAGUUACAUAAAUCUUCCUACAAUCAGGUACUCUUAGUAGUGUCCUUGGUGUGGAAUUAAACCAGACUGCAUUUUGGAAAUGAUUUGUAAUUAGUGCCAUUAUUUAACACUGGUUUGUAUGAGGUAAUAUCACAGUUUCAGGGAUAUUAUUUUGCAGUAGACGUGUGCAGAUUAUGACAGAUGAAGGUUUCCAGUGUCGUGGUAUGUCCAUCCUGGGCUCAGUCCAAGUCCCUGCCUGCCACUCCACACAGGAGUCACAUGACUCAUCCUCCAUCUGUGCUUCACUCCAGGUUCGCGCCUCACCUUCCCAAUCUGCCUGCUCCUUUUCUCCCCCUGUCUGUCCACCACUUCAUCACACACACACACACACACACUAUCUCCGUCCACUCAUUUGCUCUGAAAUCCACAACUAUGCAAAGGUUAUCUGUGACUGUGAACAAAAACAGGGAGCAAAAUAGGAAAGAUGUGUAUUUUUUUGUUCAUCUGCUUCAAUCUCUUUCUUAUCUGUCAGGGUCAUUGUUGAAUAAAAAAUGUCUGUUGUAAAUGUAAAACAC